AUGUCGCUGUCCACCAUGAAUUGCAUCUCGCUGUUAUUCCAACACACUUCCUCCAAUUACUGCACCGCUCCCCCAGGGCUGGAUGAUGGCGGGCGCAGAAGAUUUGGAUUAACUGACUGGAUCGUACAAUAUUUCAUUUCAAUGCCCACAGAAGACCUUCUGACGGAAAUAAAACAACAAGAAUUUGACAUGGUUAUUACCCCGGAAGGCCGACUGGGAUCCCGGCGCCUGCUGCUCUCGCUUCUGCUCCUCGCAGCCUGGGAAACGGGGAGCGGCCAGGUCCGCUACUCGGUCCCCGAGGAGGCCAAGCACGGCGCCUUCGUGGGCCGCAUCGCGCAGGACCUGGGGCUGGAGCUGGCGGAGCUGGUGCUGCUGUCGCUGGUGGACGGCGGCCAGGCGCCCAAGGCCUCUGUGUCGGCGUCUGCGGGCGCCGCGGGCUCGGAGGCGGCGCUGGUGGACGUGAACGUGUACCUGAUCGUCGCCAUCUGCGCGGUGUCCAGCCUGCUGGUGCUCACGCUGCUGCUGUACACGGCCGUGCGGUGCUCGGCGGCGCCGAGCGGGGGCGCGUGCGGGCCGGGGCAGCCCAGGCUGGUGUGCCCGGGCGCGGGGGGCAGCUGGUCGGCCUCGCAGCAGAGGCGGCCGCGGGUGUGCUCUGGGGAGGGCGCGCCCAAGACGGACCUCAUGGCCUUCAGCCCCAGCCUUCCACCCUGUCCCGUAGUGGCGGAUAUAGGGGAACGUCAGGAUUUAAAGGACGAUCAUUGUGCCAAAGUAAGUGAAUUUUCUUCAGUUACAGUUAAUAGUUAUUUUGACAUAUUUUAAUUGUUUUCCCAAUGUUUUUCUUUUCACUUUUCUAUUCUUAAAAAUUGGAAUAAUUUCACAUUAUAUACAUCCUUUUAUUUUUUCUUGUAAUUGUAAUCUUUCGGCUUUUUAUUAAUCUUAAUUUAAAGUGGAAUCCAACAUUACUAACAAUUUUACACCACAAGAAUUUGUCCUCAAACUCAAAAUUUUCUUUGAUAUGUCUAUAUCUGGUGUUUUUAAAAUUGGCAUCCAUAGUAGUGUUUUUUCUGACUCAUUCUGUAGAAGUAUCAUAUCUUUCCAUUUGAACUUCAGAGUUAUUUCUCAUUUGCUCACUUUAGAAAAAUCCAAUGCGCCCUGGCCCGUGCUGGUUGGGGCGCUGCGGUGGAUUGAAUUGUCUCUCCUACAGGAAUGUCUCUCGGUCUCCUCUGUGUCUCUCCCCCUCCCCCUCCCUUCCACUCUCUUUGAAAAGCAGUGAAAAACCGUCCGCGGGUGGGGGGUAACUAUGUAUAAAGACAUUUUAACGCCACUUUAGUACUCAUUCGAUUACCGUUUCUGUUUCGCUUUUCAUUUCUUCUUUUUCGCUGGUGAAUUUCAUUUAACCAACACUUUCAAGUGAGGCAUCUUGUGUAAGGGCUCUGCCCAUCGUAUCUGAUUCUUUCCUUCUCCUUUGGCCGCAGUGAUUCCAAGAGUCUGUGGUGUUCAUUUAUUGUUGGUCUUUUAAACCACUUAGAAAUAAAGGACGGAACAUUAGUCGUCAGACUAAGUACUUCUGAUUGGGAUGAAGGAGUGAAAGGGGAGACUUCAUACUCUUUUAAUUCCCAUGUGACACCCAUAUCAGGGCUCGGAACAGGGGAGAAAUAGUAAUUCAAGGGAAUCUGGACUUUGGUAAAGUAACCCCAUGUAAAAUCUCCAUUCCCGAGACACUGCCAAUCUUAGUUUAUGAUUGAAGUUUAUUUGGUGGAUUUCUUUUCCUGAAGAGCUAUAUCUUUUAAUUUGAUGCUUUUGCUAUUUUUUCUGUAUUAUGAUUUUAACUAUCCACUAUUUCUUUACAUGAAGGCAGCAGACUGUAGUGUUGUGUUGUGGGUUUUGAAGACAUCCUUUCUUGCCUACAUUUUAUGCCUCCCAAUUUGUUCUGUGUAGUACAGCUAACUGUUGAAACUCUCAGUGUGCAGUUCUCCAGCUGUAAAGUUGGCAUGAUAAGCAGUUCUAUCACAAAGAAUUUGAAGUAUUUAGAAAGCUGAUACUUAUAUGGAAUUCACAAUAGCAUUAGCUAAAUAGUGU